AUGUUCUUACCUAUGUUCUCACUGCAAAAAUCCAGGAGUAUUCCCCAACUCGAAUACCACCGAGGCCCGCAUCGCAAAGGUGGCGCUGGCGCGUAUGUGUGCCGCUCGUCAAAUAUAUUGACCAGGCACUGCUCUAUCCCAAGUCCGACAGUUCUGUCGGCACAGAAUGACUGGAGAUGCUGCUGCCACCUUCGAUUCGAAGGUGGCACCAGGGAGUUUCCCCAAGCUUGGGAACGUAACGAUGGUCUCGUGAGUCCGAUACCACCGGAGACAGUGGAGGAGAUCGAGCACAUGAAGACGGUGGAACCUGCCUUUGCUGACGUUGGCGUGCAUGUGUCGUGGGAGGAGAACUUGAUGGGUCCGUUCUUGUACACUGCGAUUCCGGGGGGGACGCCGGGCUUAACGGUAACUUGUGUGCCAUCUGCUCCUCAGCCACUUCCUUGA